AUGGCAGAACAGAUCAUAGCCGCCAGACUCAAAGAGGACAAGAAGAAGGACAAGAAGCGGAAGAGAGAGGUACCAGCAGCGGGGGCAGCAGCGAAGAAAUCAGAGAAGGGCUUCUCGCUCGUAGGCGAGAAGAAGGAUGCAGAGUUGGAGGAUAUCUUUGGGAAGAGCACUGCUUACGUCGCACCGGCUCGAACGACGCUCUCAGCUCCAGGUCCGUCCAAGCGGUCCAGGGCGGAGAAGGCGGAUGAGGCGAUAGAGGCCAAAGAUGGCAAGACGAAGAGGCAGAAGAAGAGCCGGCUGCCAGCCGCUGAGGAGGAGUCAGCACCUGUCGCCAAGGCUGGGCCGACAAAGGUGGCUCCUGCUCCUGCCCCGGCCGCGGCCUCGGCUGAGGAGGAUGAGGAGAUGGAUUCGGACGAGGCGGACGAUUCAGCAGACGACGAAGCUGUCGAGGACCUCGUCCACGAGACCCUCAAAUCCCCGAAGAAACCCCGUCAAAAGCCCUCCGAGCUCAAGUUCACCCCACUCAAUGAAACCCCCGCGGACCGGGAUCGCCGCUCCCUCUUCCUCGGCAACCUUCCUAUCGAAGUCGCCAAGUCCAAAUCAGCCGUCAGCCAGCUCAAGGCGCACAUCCUCUCUUUUGCUCAAGGGGCCAAGAUCGAGUCGAUCCGGUUCCGCUCGGUGGCGUUUGCGGCGCCGACAGCUGCGCUGCCAGAGGAGGAAGAGGUCGCGGAGGGGAAGAGGCAGAAGCGGGAGAUUGAGCGGGCGCGCAAGUGGAAGGAGGAGCAGGAGGUGUUGAAGGAGGGUGGGAAGGAGGCGGAGGAGGUUGAUCCGAGUAAGAGUUACUUGGAUAAUAAGGGGAAGCGGAAGGUCGCUUUCAUCAAGAAGGACUUCCAUGAAGAUCUUGCCAGCUGCAACGGUUAUGUCGUAUUCUCCCACCCUCAUCCCGAUCGCGCGACCAACGUCGCACCCAUCAUGGACCCCUACCUCGCCGCCGAGCAAAUCCUCGCCGCCAACGGCUCCGUCUUCCAAGAACGCACAAUCCGGGUCGACCGGCUCCGGAAACCCUCCGCCGAGGGGUUGCAGUCAGCCACAACGGCACUGGGCAAGCGGGACGCGUGGCUGCCCAGCGGUACAGAUCCCAAGCGGAGUCUGUUUGUUGGCGGGCUGGACUAUGCGGCCAAGGAGGAGGAUGUCAGGGUAUUUUUUGAGGGGCUGGUGAAGGCUGAGAGGGGAGCGAGGGAGGGGGGCGGAAGAUGGGUUACGGAGGUCAGAUUGAUCAGGGAUCGGGAGACCCAGAUGGGCAAGGGGUUCGGAUAUGUCCACUUUGUGGACCGCGAAUCCGCAGACGAGAUCGUCGCGCUCCCAUCAACAAAGCUCAAAUUUGCCAAACGCCCUCUCCGCGUUCAAACCAGCAAGACCCUCCCCACUAGCGUCACCGCCCCCAAAAAGGCACUUCCCGGCGCCUCCGCCUCCGCCUCCUCCUCUUCCAGCAAACCCACCCCCAAACCCCGUCCCGUCGGACCCAUCAAAGUCCCCAAGGGCGACCCCCUCCUCGGCGAAAAGCUCAAAGACCUUUCUAAAGAGGACCGUAAAGUCGCCAAAGCGGCAGAUACGGACCGUGCGGCUCGUCGUCUGGCAAAGAAGCAGUCGAAAGCAGCGAGCAGGAGCAACGAGACGGGCGCGGUCAAGCUGGGUCCGACGAAGAGUGAGCGGAAGGACAGGGCGGGCGGGGCUGGGAAGGCCAAGAAGAGCAGAGUGAGGAGUAGUAAUGCUCUUGCGAAUAUGAAGGGGAGUAGGACGUGA